UCGACAAUUUAGUGGAGAAAAGACUGUUCUGAAAGCAAUCAAAUUAAUUAUCCGGUAUUGAACAUUCACCCUACGGCUUCCGCGAGAAGCCGAGGCAUAAUUCACAAUCGAACCUUUGGAUGAGCCCCGAUUGCAUCAUUGAAACGCACGCAAAUCGACCUCACCUUUAUACCAUCACAGGCUCACUCUUCUUUGCGUUUCGGUUAUUUUCCGAACCAUGAUCAUCUGGUAAGGACAACUUCAUCUCCCCAUCUCGCAUCAGGCUGUAUAAUAAGCAGCUGUCAUGCAAGCUCCUCCACCGAGACAGCGAACGGCUGAGGAGGAAAGGGCAAGAGCAGCAGCAAAACAAGCAGAAAAAGAUCUAUGGGAACGAACUCGUGGAGCUGGAUCGGCCGUAUUCAAAUUAGCAGAUGCAGGAAGAAUUAAACCAGGAGGAAAUGCUUCAUCUUCUCCUCUCCCGCAAGAACGCGAAGAUGCUUCUACUUCAGGCAAGAUCACUCCUAGAAGCUCGUCUGUCUCAUCAAGGGCUAGAUCCAGUUCCAAGAAGCCAAGACCGGACUCAUGGACAGAAGAGGACAUCUUACCCGCAUUGGAAGAGGUUGAGUCAAAGUUGUACGAGCCAGUGGACGUACCCAGUGCUGAUAUGCUGCUAAGCAGAGGUAUUUGUGAUUACACUUUAUUGCCCAAAACAUUAGGAAGAGGAAAGUUUUCAACAGUCUUUGUCGCUUGCAAGAGUGGGGAAUUGACAGCUAUCAAACAUACCGCCCUUUUUCCGCAUCAUCAAUUGAUCGCUACACGACUACUACGAGAGCCCACCUUACUGGCUGAGCUACCCCCGCAUCCUAACCUAGUCACUGUCAAAGAGACUAUACGAACGCCAGGCCAUUUCUAUUUGGUGGAGGAAUAUUUGGAUGGAUACGUUACGUUGGAAGCCUUGCUACCAAUCCUUUGUCCUGUUCAACCACACAUCCUACCUCUUGCUGCUGCUGAACGAAUUCUAGCUCAACUUCUAUCAGCUGUUCAUGCGAUUCAUGUUCCGUUGCAAAUAUGUCAUCGAGAUAUCAAGCCAGAGAAUAUUCUUGUACAUCCGCAAACCUUACAACUCAAGCUUCUCGAUUUCGGGUUGGCAACGCAUUUCAGCAAGAGUGAAGCGAAAUUAAGCACAUGCUGUGGUAGUCCAGCAUUUCAUUGUCCAGAAAUUGUCAAAGCAUUAUCAAGUCCUCCCGGAUCGGUUAUGUAUAUGGGUCCUGAAGUGGACGCUUGGACAUGUGGUGUGACUAUGUUGCGUUGUUUGACAGGAGCAAGAUUCCCUCUCGGUGCUUCUCAUUCAAGUUUGCGAGGCAUGUCAAUUCGUGCUCAAAGAGCGGUUGCCAGUAUAGGAGAUGCAUCUAUGCGUGACAAAAUUGGGGCAUUGCUAGAUAUGGACGGCAAACGAAGAAUGGCACGUUUUGAGGAAAUGGUGAAAGAACAAGAGAAGUCGUUGGGACAGAUUGAUAGAACGGCAAAGAAAUUCAAAAGUACGACAUUUAUACCCUCUAAGCCAACUCAUUCUAUCCGAUUACCGUUGGUCGAAAGUGCAACAGAUACCCACGCAAAAGGAUCGCCAAGUGGUGCUGCAACUCCCGUUUCUGCUUCACGUCGAUCCACGCCGAGCAAUUCCAGAGCACCAUCGCCUUCUCGCUCUUUGCAUGGCGGUUUAACAAAUGGCAAUAGCGUCUUAUCCAGUACAACAUUAGUGGCCUUAAAUCCGACUAAUCAGCCACCUGAACGUGUGGUUUCGUUUAUCAAGUAUUGUUUGCGUUGUGCAGGUAUUUUGUAUCACACUUGGCCUGAUUAUUCUGGUAUGGCAAAAACACCCAAGUCCAGCUUCUUUGGUCCACAAACGCCUACAAUACCCACAACCUCUGUCAGUGCCGCUUUUGCAGAAGCAGUCGGAACGUCCUUGGAUGCCAUCACAACCCCUUCAACGCCUCUUUUCGCACAUACCUAUUCCAAUACGGACGAACGCAGUGAUGGUUAUGCACACGUUCAAGUAUUUCAAUGUGUGAUUGAGUUACCUGAUGAAAAGGAUGACAAAGACGGCAAAGGUGGAUCAGGUCAAUUAUCGCUCGUACAAAGUAUCAUGGCCGCUUUCGGAAGAAAGCCUAGUCAAUCUCCCGCUGCUCCUGUCAAUCGUGAAUAUGCCACAUAUGGCAAGACAAAUUCACCUGAUACACGACCACAAUAUAGAAGAAGCGCAUCUUCACCUGCGCAAUCUCGAGAACGAGCACAUGCACCCACAAUGCCAAGCAAAGAUGGUUCGAUGCGCUGUCUUGCGUUCCAUUUGAUCAUCAGGUUCCCUCGACAACCGCAAUCAAUGAUUCGUCAAGCAGUCUCACGAGCAUCUUCCUACUAUGGCAAUCUGCAAUCGCCGUAUACCAAUCAUUCAAAUUCGCAUGCAUCCAUAACAAGAUCGCGAGCAAACUCAUCGGCUGGUGCAAUGUCACACGAUGUCAGCGAAAAUGAAGGGCCUUCUGCCUCUGAAGAUCAAAGAGGACGCAGGCAUACCGGAUCAUCACGUUCUGGACAAUCUGAUGGUCGCAAACAUGUCACUGUGAUCGAAGAACCGAUAAAUGAAUCAAGUGACGUACUUCCAUCAGAUGGUCCAGGUUUGCCUGGAAACGGAGGCCACAGCUCAUCGACAAGCUCAGUUGAAUCAAGUGCGCCAUCGCAGCAACCGUUCCCAAGGAUGCCCAACAGAUCUCCUUCUACCUCUAGGCCUGCUUCACGCACACGUACAAGAAGCUCUCGUGGGAUUCAAAAGAGGGCAAAAGUAUACAUACAGGUCACAGAUGAAAGAGCUGUACCAAUCAUACGUGAAGCACUCAGUGUCGGUGGUACGCUUGAAAGUCAUGAAUUGGAUGAUAGAAAACAAUCACAAGGUCUACAUGUUAAUGUUGAAGGUCUGCAUGGCAAAGGAGGAGAUGGCAGUCAACAAAAUUCGAGGCGUGCAAGAAGAAGGACUCGCGAUUCUGCUUCUAUGCAGAUCAAAGCAUGGCCCACUUCGCCUUUAGACUCCGUCAGCGUUCCGCAAAGCCCUACACUUGUAGAAGGUCAGGUUGAGGAAAACGUGGAUACAAAGACAUCGACGGUGAACGUACCAGCCAGUGGUGAAGAAGCGGAAGAAAAGCCACGGGGACGAACUUUGGUCACGAAUAGAGCGAGAUAUUCAAGCGAAGAUACGGUUGUUGAAGGCGCUCAUGGGACAGAGAUUCGUGCUCCCUCAAACCUUUCUACUGUUGCAUUAAAAGAAGAAUCGCCUCAUAAUGACAAUCUCAAACAAUUGAUUGAUUCAUUGCAAAGAACAUUGCAUGAUAUUAUUCAUUUGAGUAAAGCUUCUCAACGCUCCAGUGCUGCAAGUUCACCUCUUUCACGCUCCGGAAUUUCCUCACCACAGAUGGAGAAAAGGUUCAGUGAUAUUCAGACCACUUAUGAUGGAAGGCAUGAGGGGCUGUUGGCACAAACGCGAACGCUUCUUUUGGACAUUUCAAACUCUUUGCAAUGUGCAUCAAGAAAAGGUAAACAUGUCGUUGAAGAGCUCGUCACGCCUCUUUCGUUUGAAAUCUUUAAUGCUUUAAGUCCAGCUUUGGGUUUGAUCCCAAUCGAGACAGUUGGAUUGCCGGCACCUUUUACUGCUUCAGAAGAAGCAGAAGAAUCAAUCACACUCCGUGGAUUGGCAAUGGCUACAUUCGACUUGUUUGCUCAACAUUGUAGCCCAAGAGAGAUUUAUAUGGCCGUACAAGAAAGGAUGGAAGUUUUGGGUGAAAGACCGCUUCAAGGUAAACAGUCACAAAUGGAGACAUCACCUGACAAGAAUAGCGAUUCGGCUGAAUCACCUUCAGAGCAAAGUCAAACAAAAGAUCUUCGGAUAGCUUUACCUCAGAUGACCAGUAUAAGUGGCAGUAGUAAACAACAGGUUGCGCUCUGGUCGGCCGCAUUGGAGCUUGCCGGGCUCUUGCAUGUGAUCGCAAAGGUGAUGCCACGAAUCAAGACGAAAAAACCGAUUCAAUUUAUUCAGCCACUCGUUCAACUUGUCCCACGAUGUGUGAAAGGAGCUCUCCAAGUUGACCUGCCACAAUCUGUGGGUAUCACUGGUGCAAGUCCAUCUCCUUAUCCACCCGUGUCUUCAAGUGAUGAUCUUCUCUCCUUGAGGUCAGAUCGCAAAAGCUCUACAUCUGAGUUGUCGAUUGGGCAAGCAGAGAGAGCGGCAUGCGAAAUCGUAAUCAGUCUCGUUGCUCUUUUGCGCGAUACUACAAAUUGGGCAAAAGGGAUGGAAGGCGAAAUGCAAGAUAAAGUACUCGAAUUGUCAUCAGCUUUACUCUUGACGUCAAUGAUUGUGCUUCUGCCACAAAUGCCGCAAUCUCACAACGAGAUCCAUCUCUCCGAUCAUUACUUUUACCAAUGGUUCCCUAGAUAUAAGAUCGAACCAUCGAGCAAAGAAUCGCCGCCAAAACGCAUAAGGCCCACUAUUGAAGCAUUGUCUUCGCAAGCAUGGAAACAGUUGGAUGGAUUGGUAAGAGACCUUAAGAUCGAUAAUGAAUCUUUAGCAUUCGAUCGCCAAAAACGUCAAGUUGAUACGAACCCGUCAGAGACUGCUACCUCAAAUGAAGACAGUGAAUUGAUAGGUGCAAACAGCUCGGUCUCCGCUGCAGCAAAGACGAUGGGAGCUUUCAUAUUGCAUGUCAAUCUCCUUGCCCGCGCCCCUGACAUCAGCAAUGAAGGCAAUGAUCCGAUCAAAUGGACUGCAAAAGAAGGACUGAAGAGCUUGCAAAGAUCCAUGGGCAUGCUGGUCGCAUGCCUGGGCUCGAAUAUACCCGCUACCACUAGUCAAGAUGGCUCGCAAUCUCUCGGUGGUACUGUCCAUCUUCCUGACAUUGCGCUUACGUGGGCGAUCUGGUGUAUUCGAGCGAUGAGUCAAGGAUCAGAAGGCACACAAGAGGGGUUAUUAUCUUCUGAAGAGGCAAUCAUCUUCGUUCAAGUCCUUUCAUCUCAUUCAGCUUUAUCACCUAGACCAAUGGCCCGUCACAUCAGUCUUCGAAUCGUUCAAACGGUCUUGCAAAGCUUGGUUGAGCCUGAAAUUGGACGUGAGCUACUUCGUGAUCUCAUGUGCGAAUCGCCUUAUCCUCAAUUGAGUGCAGCUGCAAUUGGUCUUGCACGUCAAUUGAUCUCUUCUGAUCUCGAUCGCAUCAAAAAUAGCGAUGGCAAUACAGGUCAACCAAUUAUCUUUGCGCAGAAAAGCUUCAUUCAUUCAUUCGCCACUAAAGUCUUCUCUCUAAGCGACGGAGCUGAAGUACUUCCGAAUGUGGAAGAAGCAGGCGAACCAAGGCCGAAAGGUGUGGUGAUCGGACUCAUCAAAUCCUACUUGGACGAUCAUGCACCUAAGAUUAGUGAGACAACAUCUUUUAUCUAUCUAGUGCUGACAAAGGACCACAAUAAUCUCACCGGAAUACGUGAUGCAGAUAUUGUGAGUAAGAUCAAGGAUAGCUUCUUGCAUCCUUUGCACGAAUGGCUCGAGAAGGCAAUACCUUUUGUUCAAGCAGACGAUACACAUAAAGAGUCUGCAGAGAGCAACACUGAUGUUCAGAUGGGACUGUCAAUCUUGAACAUGUCCGUGGAACAAGCUAUGGAAGCCGUUUCCUCCAUACCAUAAUGGUCGCUUAUGUACUAUUUUCUUUUCUUGAUUCUUUAACGCUUUUAUUUUACAUUGUAUCAAUCAUCAGCAUCUAUCGCAUCAAUUCUCUCUCAAUCGUAUCUUUUCAACCUCAUUAAUAUCGUUU